AUGAUAUCGGUCUCUUUCACCGUUGCUGAGUCCGACGCAGACUUCAAUCAUCUCUCUGUUAAUCAUCCAAAAGACGCCUUAGAAUCACGUCCACUCGUGCCUCCUUUGCCUACAUCUGAAUACAUUGUCCCCAUAUUAGCAAUACAAGUCACCGUUUUCCCAAAUAAUGGCUUUUGUAUCGGGGCCACACAUCUCCAUUCGAUUUGUGAUGGAAGAGGAUUCGCCCACUUCAUGAGGACAUGGGCUACGAUCUCCAAGUUAGGAGCUUCAUCUCUCUUACCUGAAUCCCUACCAUUCUUGGAUAAGACUGUGAUCGAGGAGCACGACGACGAGGGCAUCUUAAAGCUAUUCUUGGACGAGUUGGAUAGAUUCAUGGGUUCGGGGAAUCGAAGAUUAAGAGUGAUGGAUAUCGAACUCCAACCCAAUAUGGUUCGAGCUACAUUCAAGGUAAAUGAACCGAGUUGUAGGAGACUCAAGGAUUGGUUCUUGGCUCAAUACAAGAAAGAUGAACAAAUUACACAAAAACAAUCAAUUCCUCCAUCAACAUUGAUGGUGAUUUGUGCUUACACUUGGAUUUGUUUGCUUAAAGCAGAAGCAAAAGCAGGAGUGUCCAAGACUAACAACAUGACUCGCUUUGUGUUUAACGUGGACUGCAGGGUUCGGCUGGACCCUCCAAUUCCAAAAACAUAUUUGGGUAAUUGCGUCAGACCUUGUGUGGUGAUUGCAGAAAAGACUAAUUUGAUGAGAGGAGGAGUAGUGGUAGCAGCACAGUUGAUAAGAGAUGUGGUUCAUGAGAUGAUGGAUAAAGGAAUUUUGAGAGGCAUGGAGCAUAGCGUUUCAGAGUUGUUGGAAUUGGAGUCUGGUCGAAUUUUGGCUGCUGCUGGGUCACCAGAAUUUGGGUAUUACAAGACAGAUUUUGGGUUUGGGAAGCCAAAGAAGGUGGAAAUGGCAUCUAAUGAUAGAACAGGAGCCAUGUUUUUGAAAGAGAGCUCUAAUGUUAAUGUAGAUGGUGGGAUUGAGUUUGAUUUGGUUCUCGACAGACAAGAAAUGAAUGCCUUUAUUUCUGUGUUUGUUGAUGGGUUUAAUGCUAUGAGUUAUGAGCAUUCUUUAUUGUGGCCCUCAGCCCCUCGCUCCCUUCUCUAA